ACUCUCCUUCAGCGGUUGAGACAGAGAAGAUGAAGUUCCUGUGGUUGCUGAUUGCCGUCCUGGCCCUCGUGGCUGCAGACGAUAGCGGCUCCCCUUCUCACUCUGACGACGACCAUGACGACCACGAUGACCACGACGACCACGCCAGCGACGCUGCUGGAGGUAUCAUCGAAGGUCGUACCGGAGCAGGCACCAGUCAGGGAUCAAACAGAUUCUUCGAUGGUGGCUUUGGCGGAGGCAUCGGCGGUGGAAUCGGUGGCUUUGGAGGACUGGGAGGACCGGGAGGAUUUGGAGGAAUCGCUCCUGGUUUGGGAGGUGGGCUUGGUGGCAUUGGAGGUCUCGGUGGUAUCGGUGGUAUCGGCGGUAUCGGUGGUAUCGGCGGUAUCGGUGGUAUCGGCGCUGUCAGGCCCCCAAGCAUCCCAAGUGACUGCCGCUACUGGUGCAGGACUCCCCAGGGUCAAGCCUACUGCUGCGAGAGCGCCCACGAACCCCAGAGCCUCGUCGGAGUAGUCAAACCAGGAUUCUGCCCUCCCGUCCGCCCCCUCUGUCCCCCCGUCAGGAACUUCCUCCCACCAGCACCCUGCUCCAACGAUGGCGCCUGCGGUGGUUUUGACAAGUGUUGCUUCGACACCUGUCUGCAGCAGCACGUCUGCAAGCCCAUUCAAGGGUUUGGACGCUAAACAGUCCGCUCUUCUGAGGGCUUCCCUGUCUAAUCCCCUUGUAAUACGAUUCUCUCAUAAUUGCUGUAAAUUACCUAAUUCUGUGAAUUUUAAAUAUGGGUAAAUACAGAAAAGUUUAAAGCUA